AUGACACACACCUUGUCUGUUAGCUCGCAACUAAAUCAGGUGCGGCACUCCCACUACCUCAGCCUUCCUCAGGGAGGUCUCUGUCAGGUUACCUAUGUUUGGAUUGAUGAAUCUGGGGAGAACCUUCGGUGCAAAACGCGAACCUUGGAGUCUGAACCCAGCAGCAUUGAGGAUAUUCCAGAGUGGAACUGUGUGUUCGUUAGCCACCCUGCGACUCUCAACACCAUGAUCCUGGUUCCUGUAUGUAUAUUCAGAGACCCUUUUAUGCUGGACCCCAACAAACUGGUGCUAUGUGAAGUGCUCAAGAUCAACCGCAAACCUGCAGACACUAACCAUCGGCAUGCCUGCAAGAAAAUCAUGGAGAAAGUGAAGGAAUCCAUACUGUGGUUUGGGAUGGAGCAGGAGUAUACUCUGCUGGGGAUAGAUGGGCAUCCAUACUCCUGGCCAUCAAACAGUUACCCCAAACCACAGGGUAGGAAAUUCAGUCUUUUUUUCAGAGUACACGGAAUGGAUUAG